AUGGCUCCAUCAAGAAACUACCCACUUGGCCUCAGAGUUGCAGUCACUCUGAUUCUCAUCUUUUCUAUCUCCAGAUCAGUUCAGAGGGUGUCAUCAAGUUACAGCGAAACUCUGCAGCGAAGGAAGAUGCUGCUGGGUUCAAGGCCACCUGGUUGUGUUGACAAGUGCAUGAAUUGCAGACCUUGCAAGGCUACUCUGGUCAUUCCUUCUCAUGACCAAAGGAAGGGUUACAGAGAAUCAUCUCAUAGAGAAGAUGAUAGCUAUUACCUCCUCUCAUGGAAGUGCAUAUGUGGAGACAAGCUCUUUCACCCCUGA